CAUGUUGCCAUAGCAACCUAACCCACCACAGUUGUAGCUAAUAGCGGAUGUUAUUUGCUCAUUUAAACACAUCAGUCGUACUUCAACAGUUACUGGCAGCACAUUUUGCGGCUUACUGAGGAGGAUUUUCAUGUUCACCGUGAAGCAGUUGUGUUCACUGAAGGCUCCUCGGUUCAGUAGAUCUGUUUUUCACAUCUGCCUUGCUUUGAGGCGGAAGGGGGUGGCCUGCAACGGGAGGGGGCAGGCUGGGAUCGGGACCAGGCAGGGAUCGGGCCCGGGUCUCAACAUGAAACGCAGUCCACAUUGUGAGCUACGGGAUGCCUCACGUUUAUUUAAGGUUCAGACUCUGUCCAGGUGAGUCCUCCUCCUGCAGGUCCAACAUGGCGUCUGAUGCAUCUGCUCCAGGCGAUGAUGUGCUGAAGGUGAGAAGGAGGAGGAGGAGGGAGCAGGAGGAGGGAAGGAAGGAGGUUGAGGCGUCUGACGUCGAGGAGCUGACGUCUGCUGGUCACAGAGCUCUGCGGGACGGUCGGACCGAAGACGCUCUGAGCUGCUUUAACGGCGCGCUGCAGGCUGCGCGACAGUUGCAGGACUCUCGGGUCCUCCAGGCCUGUUCCUUUAACCUCGGUGCAGCCUACGUGGAGGCAGGCCAACCUAAGAAAGGUCUGGACCUCCUGCGUCAGGCGCAGCCCGGACCAAAGGCCGAACGGCUCCCGGACCUUCAGUUCAACCUGGCACUGGCCCACAAUGCAUUGGGACAGAACCGAGAGGCCAUCGUCUACUUCCUGCAGGCUGCUCAGCUGUACAGAUCGCAAGGAGACGGAGGCAGCGAGGGAGACGCCUGCAUGGAGAUGAGCCGCUGCUACAGCAGGGAACAGGACUGGUCUCUGGCGGUUCAGGGUUUCCUGCGGGCCGCAGAGAGUUACAGAGUGGCAGCCAUGUUUGAUUCUGCAGCCAGUGCCUUCAAAGAGGCAGGAAGUCACAUGAUGCAAUCAGAUCAAUUCAGUCAUGAUGACAUCUUCAACGUAGUGACCGAAUGUCUGAGUUUGACAGACAGAAUCAAAGACCCAAAGAUUCUGGGUGAGCUGUACCUGUCAGUGGGCGUGUCUUACUGCCAGCUCAGGUGUUUCCAGGAGGCGGUGCAGUGUUUCUGGCAGGCUCUGGGCCCCACAGCUCAGCAGCCCCCCCUGCUGGCCAAAGUGCUUGCCAACCUGGGAGCUGCCCUGAACUCUGUGGGCCAGUUCACACGUGCUGUGGGCUACCACAAGAUGGCUGCUAAGCUCUACGGCUCCCUGGGUUGUCGUGGCGACCAGGCUCGGUGUUUCAGUAACUUGGCGUUUGCCUUCAGUCAGCUGGGUGAUGAAGAGGAGGCAGCAGAGAGCUUCAUCCACUCUCUGCAGGGAUUCAGAGACGCCGAGGACCACCUGGCUCAGGUGCAGGUGUGUGAGUCGUUAGCAGAGUGUUACCUGAAGCAGAUGAAGCAGCAGAAAGCUGUUGAGCUCUACAAACAGGCUCUGACUGCUCUGUCUCGCUGCCAGGAUGGUUCUGGUUGUGUCCAGGAUCGUCUGGUGGAGCGUCUGACUGCAGCUCUUCAGCAGAGUCUGACUGUUGGACUGCAGAGGCCGCACAUGCUCAGACCACGCAGACUCGGACCACACGCACACACCAGGAAGAGCGACAUCACACAGAGUCCAGACAGGAAGUCCAACCAACAACCAGAUGAUCAGAGGGGGGAGGGACCAGGAUCAGAGCAGGAGGCCACAGGCACACAGGAAGCAGCGCAGUACUGUGGGUCAGCAGGGGGCGGAGCCACCGAGGGACCUGAAUGCAUGGGCCUGGUACCUGGGCUGCACAGUUCAUCCCAAUCUGACCAGUCAGACCAGCUGCAGCACAGUGAGCUCUGGUCGAACAGAGAGAACGCUCACACUGGCAGUGAAGCCUCAUUGGCUGAGGAGGUUGUGGUUCCACCCACCAGGCCACAUGUAAUCAGAGAGGCCACGCCCCCUUUGGCUCGGCGGAGGUCUCGGUUCUGUUUACUGAUGUAGACUCACCUGCUGAUGCUGUCAUUGAUCGUGUAUCGAUUACAGACUGAUCAUGAAGAUCAUGUGAUGAGCAUCACGACGUCAGCGCAACAGCUGCUUGUUGGUUCUGUUAAUAUGAAGUAUUAAUACAACAUACAAAUACAUUGAUAAACAAUGUGUGUAUUUUUAUUUUGUAUUUAUUCUGUUUUCAAGGUCAUGUUAGCUUAGUGUUGCAUAAACGUUGUGUGUGCAGCAGAAA